UAAUAUUUCUAGGAUAUUUUAUUUCAGCUCAUGAAACCAACACUUUACAUGUUGCGUUUAUAUUGUUGUUCAGGUUAAAUUCCUAUUUAAUAUGGAUGCAUACACCGAGUGUACAAAACACCUUUGUAAUAUUGAGUUGCCCCUCAAUGAAGGACUUUUAUUUUUUUAAACGAACAGCAAAUUCCCCCAUUGUGGCUAGCUUCACAUAGGUGCUAGCUAGCACUAUCACCUUCAAACUACUUAGCACGUUCACAUACUUGCCAUUGUAUAAAGAAAGAGACGACCAUGGCGAAUUGUGACUAUUUACAAACUCAGCUAACCUCUGUUUUGAACUCGCUUGUUAAAAUUGCGGUCGUGGAACUACUGCGAAUUGUGGAGGAUAGCGCCGUUGAACUUCGUCUGGAGGUGUCCAAGAGUAAAUUUGAGAACGAAGCACUGAAAAUUGAGAACGAGUCUAACAAAAACAAGUUACAGAGUUUGGAAGCAGAACUGUGGACAGCGGGAAAUCGACCAUGUUCCAUGUGUUAUCGUUGUGUUGGAACUCCAGCUCGCGGUAAAGGUGGAUGCGUCAGCCCCAAAAGAGAUAGAGAUGCUGCUGGUCCUCCUAAUUCUUCAGAGGAGGACAAUGCAUCAUCAUGGCUGCAACAAUCUGCUCAUACCAUGGACGAGACUACAGCAGCCAUGGAGAGGGAUGGGAUUCAAAUCGUUGUCAUUAAGAAUGAAGCAGGGCAUGAAGGUACACAUAGGAAGAAGGACCCACAGGCUGGAAUUUCAACAGAAGGUGAGCAGCCAUGUCCCAAAGUGGACAUGGUGUAUGGCAAGGAGUGGAGCCAAAGCCUGUGGCGAGACAGAGAUGCUGUCAAGGAGGACUCUGCAGGACCAUCGGUGACCCAUCGACAGUGGCUUACACCUGGGCAGUCAAGCUCUGUGGACUUACGAAAUCUGCGCCGGCGCCGAAGAGUAAGAACUCAACCGCACCCUCAAAGGAGAGGGACCUACCUCAGGUACACCCCCGAGCAAAGGGCCAAGAUUGCGCGGAUGUGCAUGGAGGUGGGUGCACAGAUGGCCGCAGCCAUGAUGUCUGAGGAAUUGGGAAGACGCAUCAGCCCCAACACUGUGAGGUCCAUGAGGAUCAGCUACGAACAGACGGUCGAAAGCAUGGGCGUCCAGAAAGUGGAAGACCUACCCCAUUUGAGGCCAUUCAGAACAGACAUGUUUGAUGAGGAGAUUACUCGCUUCGUAAUGGUGAGGAAAAGAGCUGGAGGUCAGGUUAGCCCGUCCAUGCUGAUGGUAGCCACACGAGACAUUGUGAUGCGCAGAAACCCAGAGAUGCUGGCAGAGAAUGGCGGUCAUAUCCUAAUCAGCACAAAUUGGGCCCGUUGUUGGCUCCGGCGGUUGGCAGGAAAUAGAAUCACGUCAAAGAGGUAGUGAAGAUAUUGCAGGAGUCCUCUACUGUUAGGACAGUGUUUUUACAUUAAUGAGAAUUCCUCGUGUUUGUGUUGAAGUUAAGGAAGAUGUGUAACAUUCCGUGUUGACUGGUGUCCAGUGUGGUUAGGAGAAUCUGCAUGCAGUAUGUAACCAGAUGCCAUUGUGCUGUGUUCUCUGAAAUUAGUGUUGGCAGUUCAUAUCUUUAGUAUUCACAUUUUAUGAAUAUUCAAACUUUUUGAAGCGAACUAUUCAGAUAAAUGCUUUUCAAAUUUUGUAAGGGGAUGGAUGGGUUUAGUGUUAUAACAAUGUUAUGUAACUUGGCUUAUGUGUUGUAUGAGGUAACCACAUACGCUUUCGUUUGCUUUUUAUGUAUAUUGAUGUGUGUGUAUAUAGUGUAAUUGAUGUUAUCAUGCAAGGCUCAGCUGCAAAAGAGACCAUGAUAUCAGCAUGACUCCCUGCUUAAAUAAAAGUUAAAUUAAAUCAAGUUUAUGAAAAUAAAUAUAUAUACACCUCAAAAUCCUUAGUGCCUCUUAUGUUUUAUUUCUUUAGUACCUUAGCGUGUGUGUGAGCGAAUGUGUUCCCAUUACAGAGAAGCAUUGGCAUGUGCCAUGGAAAAAGUAAAAUGAAAGC